UAGCUAGGCUAUAAACGACUAUCAGUUUAAGUUUACAACCAUAGAUAUUUGGCUUUCAGUUGAAAAAGCCUGAGACCUAUAUAGUUUAGUUUUUGGAAUAAUUUGGUGAACAAUUAUCAAACAUUCCGCAUAGGUCUAUUAAAAUGAUUGGAUAUUUGUCGUGUUUGAUUUUACUGCCAUAUUUUGUUUUUGGACAGCGGUGUGCAUCGCAAAACAACUGCAAUGACUGCAUGAAUACCAACCCGUUUAUUCCGAUUAAAAACGUAACAUGCAGUUGGUGCCCGCUCGACAGAAAAUGCCAUACUUUUGGUUCCAAUGAGAUUGUUUUAUUAGGACUUUUAACAAAAAUCGAGAACCCAUGUAAACGGAGUAUGAUUAUUAAAGAAGAUUCUCAAUGCUUUCUAUAUUCUGAUGAAGGUUUGGCUUUCGAUCCGACCAAGGCAAAAAUAUUUGCGGGCCUUUCUGCUGCCGCUUAUGCUGAAAGUAAGUACCUACAGAAAUGCAUUCAAAGAGUUGUACCCGGAGAGGACUAUUCGCUUGUGGUAGCUAUCGGAAGCAAGUGUAACAUGGGAACUACAGAAUAUAAAGAAUGUUUUGCUUUCGUCGCGAUAUCAAAAACGAGAAAAGAAAUUUUAAUUUCAUUCCGGGGCACCGCUGGUGAUAAUGAUCAAAUUGUGGAUGAGGCUUUGCACUGGGGAAAAGUACCAUUCGGAGAUAAUGAUGUACGGGUUAAUAAAUACUUUAACAACAGCUUCACAAAACUGUAUGAUCCAUGCGUACUCAAUAGCGUAAAGGAACUUGUCGUACGUAACAGGGACUACAAUGUUGUAGUUACCGGUCAUUCUCUUGGCGGAGCAAUGGCGUCAUUGGCUGCAUACGCUCUGGUGACAAGAAAUGUAGUGGACAAAAGGCGACUUUUCUUGUAUACGUAUGGAAUGCCUCGGGUCGGAAAUAAGGAGUACGCAUAUUAUCAUGACAGACUUGUUAGUAACAGUUGGCGCAUCAUAAACGGAAAGGACAUAGUUCCGCGGUUACCGUUAAUUAGCCAGGGGUUUUAUCACCAUCAAAAAGCUGUGCUCUAUCUUGCAGACAUGACCCCAACUUCACGAUACAAUAUAUAUCCAGAUAACGAAGAUCCGGAAACGAUGAAGGGUGUAGGUUCCAAACCAGAUCACAAGACCUACUUUGGAAUACCGAUUGGCACUUUUUGUGAAACGGAUUUGAAUUACAACCCGACUAUGGAAUCUCGGUUCCAAGUGAACCGUUGCCAAGUUGUUUCGGCACAAGAAUUGGAUGACAUGGCUCUAGCAGAAACAACUAUAAAGAAUGUAUCGGAAAGUGUUUGCGAUUUCACCAGGGAUUUCUGUGACUGGAUCCGCACACCAAACAUAACAUUCAAUUUUCAAAGAAAGAAUGGCCCAUCUGAUAGUAACAAAAAGACAGGACCAUCUGCCGACAGACAUAAUUCAGCUUCCGGUUAUUACGUAUAUGCUGAUGCUUCAGACAAUGAACACAAAAUAGCAAAAUUACGCUCGCCAAAUUUCGUUUCCGGAAACUAUUGCAUUGAGUUCUAUUACCAUAUGUUCGGAGAUGAUAUGGGGUCGCUUGAAUUGUUAAUGUAUACAUCAAAGACUCCAAGAAAAGCAGUUUUCAAGAAAGAAGGUAACCAAGAUAACCAUUGGAGACAUGAACGUGGUACCGUUGAUACAACCAAGCUUGGCAGCGCAGAUAUGCAUUUUGAGUUUGUCGCCACAAUUGGUAAAGGUUACAGAAGUGAUAUCGCCAUUGACUUCGUGAGCAUCUUGAAAGGAAAAUGUUAAAGAAAUCCAACACGACUAAAAGAACCGCUCGCUUGUGGAACAGACUAUAACUUAAGAUUUCCAGGAAUUAUAACCGUUUUUUAGUCAUAAAAACGUACGAACAACGUUUCUUAUCUUUUUUUGUAUUUCAUGCGUUCGAUAAGAAUGUAUUCAAAUACUGGUUUAGUUAAAUCUAACUUAAACAUAACUUAUUUGCCAAACCCACCAACUACUAGAUGAAAACUAAAAAUAAAAUUUCUUAAUUUCACAUUGAGAAAAAGAUUAGGAACUUACCAUGGGCACGUUAUACUAGUGUAUUUUUUUUAAAUAUUACAAAACAAUAGAGUUACAGCUCAUUUGAAUUUUGUCGUUGGCCUCCGUUAUUCCCUUCCCCCACCCCACACACACACCACAUGAAAUGAAGAUAAAGGUGAUGAAUCGGGAUGUAGUUUUGUUGGCACGACAUGUAUCUGUCUCCAAACCUGUGUGGUGUGAACAUGUGUGUCUGUCAGUGUUUAGUGUUUAUACGUGCAUAUAUAACUUUUGUUUUUGUUGCCAGAUAUAUAUUCUUUGUUUUUAUAUAUUUUGAUUAAUUCUUAAAACCCCGGAUCAGACAUAGCUUCACAUUAUUUAAAAUGUACCUCAACAAGGCUUAUGGAAAACCCACUUCGUUCUCGUUCGAGUACCAUUUGAUAAUGGUUUAAAUAUGAUUGCCGUCAAACAGAUUGAUAAUUAAUAAAUAUGCGCGUCGCUGCUUUUCGGUCUAUCAAUGCUUUGUCCGAGCAAAAUCUCGGGUAAAUUUUAUAAUAACUUGACAUUAAUGUUCAUCAUAAAGGUACUAUGUGUUGCUGUAAAGAUCGUUUAUUUCACUUUUGACGAUUAUUUGUUUUUAACCACAUACUGGAAAAACUGUUGUUUAUUAUAAAUACAUUACAUAAAGGUCCUUGUAAAACAUAUUAUGUUUGGCAAACAGGAUAACUCGUUUCAUAGAGCGCACCAAUGUUUUGUGUAAACAAGACAACUUGUCUUAUUAGUAAUUUUUUCGAAAGAGAGAUUAAAUCAUAACACAAUUAUUGAAUGUUGAGGACGUAAGCACUUUUUUAAUUGUUAUUCUAACACGGCACGCGACUUGUUAUCGAUAGACAAAGAAGGAAAUCAUGUGUGGGUUAUUCUGCAAUUAAGUAUGGGCGGAGCUUAAUGUUUCGAAAAAAGUUCCGAAUACAUAAAGAAAAUAUUGCAGUAAAAUGCACGUGCUAAAACCCGCUCUAAAAGAAAUGUAAUAAAUGUAGCAUGUAUAUAAAUGUAUGAAACAACACAUUGUAUAUUUGGUGAUAAGUGGCAUAACCACGCCUGCAAAGAAUGUUAUUUGUUUAGAAACGUUAUUAAUAAAACAUUUAUAGCAUGUCAAGUUUUCAGUAGCACCAAUAAACGUGACGUCAUUCA